UCUCCAGCGAUUGUAACUAGGAGACAAAUUGUAGCAAUGUUACAAAUUGCAGUAACUGUAAACAUGCAUCCAUACAUUACUACACGCGCAUAAUGCAUGCCUAAGUAUUUAGAGGGUGAAAAUUGUUCUACGAUUCUGUUUACUCGACUCUGUUUUUAAGUUGAACGAACUAUAGAUAGAGGGAAACGAUCGUAUGGAUUUCAUUCACGAUUCGAAACAAACAAAAUUACACUUUGCGUUGUAUUAAAGAGCAAGGUGCAUCGAUGAAAAGCUACAUGAUUUAAAUCGAAACCAAAUAGUUGAUCAAACGAGUUAACUAACUAGUCGGAAUCGAGGAGUUUAUAAAAUUCGGAGGAAAUUUGAAGUUAUGUGUAUGGACGUGAAGAUGUGGGAAAAAAUUUGGUAAAACACGGACGUUUGUCAUGCGACACUGUAUCAAUCGAUCCAAUGGAGAAAUACUGCUCGAAGAAGGAAAAGUACCUUCGGUCGCUAUGCGAUUUGAACAAAGCAUUUUGUUUUUCUUUUUCGAACUGAUUACACUUAGACAACAAUCUUUUGUGUUACAUUGAAUUUUUUUACAAUUUAUUGAAUACUUGGCAUCAUGGUACAUAUACCAAGCGCCUACACGUACAACUUUUGGGCAAAAUCACCCACAGAGGUUGUCGAAUUGACUUGUUUGAUGCCAAAUGGAGUUGUUAUACCAUUCGAAACUAAUCGUAACAUUACUUUGGCAGAAAUUAAAGAGGAUCUGUGGGAUGAGGCCAGUAAAUAUCCUUUACACGGCACGUUAAAAGAUGCUCCGUCCUAUGUAUUUUCAUGCAUCAAUUCUAACGCAGAAGCAGAGGAGUUACGAGACGAGACCAGACGUUUAUGCGAUAUAAAACCAUUCUGUUCUUUACUUAAAGUUAUAGAACGAGAAGGUGUCAAAAGCGAUAGAAAUCUUGAUUCUCAAAUCGGUCUCUUAAUUGGAAAAGGAUUGCAUGAGUUUGCGGCGCUAAAAAAUUCCGAGGUGAACGAUUUUAGAUGGAAAAUGCGAGUGUUGGGAGACGAAGUCGCGAUGCCAAGGCGGAAAAAAUCUUGGACGGACAUAGUGCGUUCUCAGUAUCCUACAAGAUUAGCACCAACUGCUGCAAUACCAAAAAAUAUCGAAUGUCGAUUGAAAGACGGAAACAUCGUUCUUGUUACAAAAUUUGAAAACACAGAGACAACUUUUACGUUUCAAAUAUCGCACACGGCGACGCCGCACGAUUUAUUGGGAAAUAUUUUAACCAAACGAGCAAACACUCUAAUGUCCGAGGGAAACUCUGAAGACUUUACUCUGAAGGUUUGCGGCCAAGAAGAAUAUUUAAUAGGGGAUUAUCCUUUAAUACAAUUUAGUUACAUUCAAGACUGUCUAGCGAAAGAUGUUGUACCUACGUUGGUUACGUUAAGCAGAAGUAGCGUUCCUAUCGAUCAGGAAAACACCGUGGAAAAUGCAGAGGCGGACGCUUUGCAACGUACGAGACCUUCCUUCUCCACGCUGACCCUGCGUAAAAAGGGUAAACAUAUAUCUGCUUGGAAAAUAGAGGAACCAUUUGUUUUUAUAGUUAACGGAAUAUCGAAAUUGAACUGCGAUGCCGCUCAUCGAACUGUUGAGAUCGGUCUCCAAGCUGGUCUUUUCCACGGUGGAAAGUGUCUGUGCGAAAGCCAGAAGACCAAAGAAACUGUUGUUAGCCCUGAGGGUAGUUGCGAAUGGAAAGAAACUCUGAAAUUCGACAUAAAGGUGCGAGAUAUACCGCGAAUGGCUAGGCUGUGCUUUGUUCUAUAUGAGAUUAGUAAGACUGCAAAAGGACUUAAAAGUCGUAGAUUGGUUAAGGACACUAAACAAGAAUUUUUUAUAAAUCCAUUAUGUUGGGCUAACACAACUAUAUACGACUUCAAGUCUCAAUUAAAAACGGGAGCGACGACUCUUUACACGUGGACGUACGCGGAGGAUAUGCAGAACGACGAUCUUCUGCAUCCUCUUGGUACGGUGGUAUCGAAUCCUCACAUAGAUAGAGCGGCUGCUCUGAUGUUGACAUUUCCAAAUUACGGAAAAGACAAAUCCGUUCUUUAUCCGACGCCAGAGAAGAUGGUCGAAUACGCGAGAAAGUUGCGCGAAUCUUCGGCUGAACGAUCGAUUCAAGAAGAACCGGAUCAAGACUCGGACGUUGGCAAAUUUCAGCAACUCGAACAGCUUCGACUAUUGGCGGAUAGAGAUCCGUUGCACGAGCUCCACGAGCAAGAACGAAAGAUAAUGUGGACGUUGAGGCAUCACUGCCUUCUCGAGAUUCCCACGCUUUUGGCAAAAUUAUUGCACUGCGUCGAAUGGAAUGAUCACAGAGAAGUAGCUGAAGCCACGGCGUUGGUGCAACAAUGGCCCAAGCUACCGGUUGAAAAGGCUCUGGAGUUAUUGGAUUACGCUUACGCCGACCAAAAUGUUCGAAGCUUUGCCGUGCGUUGCUUAAUGGACGUCAGCGACGAAGAUCUAAGCCUGUACCUGUUGCAGUUGGUACAAGCAUUGAAGCACGAGAAUUACUUAUCUUGCGAUUUGACAGAGUUUCUGCUGCGACGAGCUCUCAACAAUCGAAGAAUCGGCCAUUUUCUAUUUUGGCACCUUAGAUCAGAGAUGCAAGUAGGAGCCGUAUCCGUUCGAUUUGGUUUAAUACUGGAAGCCUAUUGUAGAGGAAGUCAGCAACACAUGCGAUCGCUGUUCAAACAAAUGGAGUGCCUAGGUAAAUUAAAACACGCUUCCGAACAAAUAAAGCAGAAGAAAGACCAUCGCAAAGCAGCCUUGCAAAGUUUUCAAGACUUCAUUCAAGAGCCACACUGCCAAGAAGCGCUUUCGAACGUUCUCAAUCCCUUGGAUCCGAGUUUUCGAUGGAAACGCAUCAAAAUCGAGAAAUGUAGAGUGAUGGACAGUAAAAUGCGACCGUUGUGGCUGGUUUUCGAGAAUGUGGAUCCGUUCGGUGACGAUAUUUAUUUGAUACUAAAACAUGGCGACGACCUGAGGCAAGACAUGCUCACGCUUCAAAUGUUACGAAUCAUGGAUAAGCUAUGGAAGCGAGAGGGCCUGGAUCUACGCAUGAAUCCUUACGGUUGUAUAUCAACGGAAAAUAGGGUCGGGAUGAUCGAGGUGGUUUUGAACGCGGAAACGAUUGCGAAUAUUCAAAAAGAAAAGGGCACGUUCUCAGCGACGGCCGCGUUUAGACGAGGUUCUUUGCUCGCUUGGCUGAAAGAUCAUAAUCACUCCGAGGCGGCACUGAACAAAGCUAUCGAGGAAUUCACGUUGAGUUGCGCAGGUUAUUGCGUGGCUACGUAUGUCCUCGGAAUCGCGGAUAGACACUCGGACAAUAUAAUGGUGAAGAAAACUGGCCAACUGUUUCACGUCGACUUUGGCCAUAUACUGGGACACUUUAAGGAGAAAUUUGGAUUCAGACGCGAACGCGUCCCGUUCGUGUUGACCAACGAUUUUGUUCAUGUAAUAAACAAGGGACAAACCAAGAAAGGUCAAGCGGUCGAAUUUCAACGAUUCCAGAGCCAUUGCGAGCAAGCAUUCCUUGUUCUGCGGCAGCACGGUGGUUUAAUAUUAUCUUUGUUCGCUAUGAUGAUAUCGACGGGAUUGCCCGAGUUAUCGUCCGAAAAAGAUCUUAACUAUUUGAGGGACACUUUGGUACUGGAAAUGUCCGAGAGUGAGGCGCAGAAGCAUUUUAGGAGCAAAUUCGACGAAGCCCUCUGUAAUUCGUGGAAAACCUCAUUAAACUGGGCCUCCCAUAACAUGUCGAAAAACAACAAAACGACAUGAAUGUGAUACGAUCGAAUCGAGUACAAGUGACAGCAAGAAAGUCGGGAUAGAGGAGCGAAAGAUGGCGGGCAGAAUAAGAUAGGAACGAAUUCGAUUAACGCGCUGAACGAAUACGCGUCGUUACGUCGUCAUGUUUGAACGAACUAAACAAGAAUUCGACGAAGGGGAUUUUUGGCCGUGGAGAAUAUUCGGCGCAGAGAAGAGAAACAAGAAAAAGACUGAUUCGCGAUGGUGAUCCGUCGUUAUCGGUCACUAACAGCAGUUGCCUUUUCCGUUGUCGUGUGGUAAGAACACGUGUACGGGCACGAUUAAUCGCAAACACUCGCUUCACACUCCCCUCUCCGCCUCCCGCGUGCUCUUCGUUAUUUUUGACGGCGAUAGAAAAUGGAAGCAGAAUACGUAUACGGUACAUAUCAUUGGUCGACAUUGCGGAUUCUUGAAAAGAAUGCACGCGGCUAUUUGUUUGCUAGAAACGUUUCAGGGCACACCGUCUGCUCGCAGUGUCCUAGCUGUGCCGAUAUAGCAACACUCCUAAAACCAUUCGACUGGAAUCAGGAAUGUUCGAAGGCUGAGAAUAAUAAAAAAAAAAAAAAACAUGAGAGAACCCUGAGAAUUUCAGAACCUCAAAAGACUACUGUAUCGAUAAUAAUAAACGAAGUUAUUCUUCAUCA